GAAGAAGGUUAAUAUAUUAAGAAAACAGUGACACUCUGAAAGUGUUCGGCCGGUAAGAGCUGUUGUUAGAGGCUUUUCCGUGAUGAGUUUUGUCAUGAUCCCCCUACUGACCUUGUUUAAUUAUUCUGUAGUUUUGAAAAUGAUCAUUAAUGAGUUGUCUUUUCCACCCAUCUUUCAUUUCAGGUCUUUUAUUGUUUACCUUCCGACCGCAAUACGAAGAUAAGCGUCGCUGAGCAUUGCAACUGAUCAGUCUGACCUGUAUGGUCUGGAGAUCGCAGUGGAAAACAAGGCGUGCUGAGUAAGGCGAAGGUAAUGUAAAUUAUUUAUUCUUCAGUUAUGAUAAACCGGGUUAAACUCGUUAGAAAACUUUGGAGAACGUUGGAGGCUCCUUGAACGUCGUCGUUUUGGUUCUCAGUGCUCGACCUAAAGAUGGCUUCUUCUUUGUGAAUUACUAGGUCUCGCCAGUUUCCUGUUCUUUAGUGUUUACAGACUAAACACAAAUGAAGUCAUCGAUCGCAAAAAGUAAAAUUUCCUCACAGCCCCAUACUAUUGUAAAACAAAUCUGUUUUCCUAAUAGCAAUGUAUUGUGUUUGUCAUUGUUUUCUCUAUCCAAGAACUGAACGCAUAAUGUAGGAUGGGGCUAUGUCAAAAUUUUACCUCGUAAAAUGCGAGAUAAGCUCCUUUGCUUAUUUUUCUCUGUCGCGAUCAGCUAAAACGGAUUUUUUUCUUUAUUAGUCUUUUCUGUUUUACUUCGACUAACCCAGGGGCUAGAUGUUGUGAAAUUUUUCUAACUCAGACCCAUGCUGUUCUAGUUUGGGUCGUAUCGCAAUUUCGUGCUUUGCCUAUGCACAACAUCCUGCAAGUAUCAUAUAUCCCACAGUUACUUCAAAAUACCGUCAUAACAUUUUCCUGAAUAUUCCACAAUUUUUAAUAUUUGAAUUUGAGCGUAUCCUUCGGAAGGAGUCUUUGUUAAGUGUAAGAUUCUUUCUAGAAAGGUCUUCUUGCGAAUCCAUGCGCGGAAUUGUGAAGUUCCAAUUAUCGUGGCAUUACUCAGAACAGACAGAGGAUCAGAUAUGACGCGAGCUAUUCUCAUGUAAAGAAGUACCUUAAGGAAUACAGUGAUUAUCAGCUAGCAUUAUUUUCCUUUGUCACGCACUGAUUGGUGAUUUUUUAUGCGCAUCUGUGGGUUGAAUUAGAAAUCAAAUUUGAUAGUUUAAUUUUUAUUUGUGUCUGAUUCCUUGCACUUUUCAUGUGACCUGUAAUUGCCCUCAAGUGGAAUUCACAAACAUUUUUGAAAACUAAUCCUCUUUGAAGGACGUGUUGGGGCCGAAGAGGAUGAUUUGCAACACGACGCAUUAGAAAUGUAUGAAGACGUCGUUUACUCCCGUAUUGUUUACAUUACGAACUCUUUUAUUCAAAAUUUGCAUUUGAACAACUGCUAUUUGUCUUGUGCUUAUGCAAUAGGUCUUACAUAAGUUUGAUGUUCACUUUGUAGCUGCACGGAGUCGAGGAAGCUAACUUGUUUGGGUGUGCGGUGGAAAGAAAGUUGAGCAAAGUAUCAGGUAUCAGUUUAUGUUCUAUGAUCUAUUUUUCGGUAUUUUACAGUCGUUUGGGACCGUUAUAAAGGCUCGCCCUCUCAAUUCAUUUGCGCUUCGCUCACACAUUUAAGUCACUACGUGUAGCGACCUAGGAAAUCAUCCGCUUCGCUUGCAUGUCGCGUGAGUUUGUUCAAAUUGUCCAACUGGCGUGACAGCUAUUUAUUUUAUUUUCGUUAUCAUUAUUAUUUUUUUAAAUCACGCCACACUCCAAGUCUGAAAAGUCGGAAAGGGUGCUCUUAUUCUAUCCUGUGUAGUAAAGAUGGCUGGUAGGAGUCCAAAUUCUCGAAUGGAAAAUAUUUGUAGUUUGCGAAUUGAUGUCUAUUACCUUUAAAGAACUUAAGUUGCAGUCGCUCGUCAACUUAAGAGCAGUUUAUAAAAGAAAAAAAAGUCCCAACAGGUUGUUUUCCUUCAUAGAUGCCGCCGGGCAUUUGCAUUUGAAUAACUGCCAUUUGGCUAGAACUUAUGAAAUAGGUCUUGCAUAAGUUUGAUGUUCACUUUGUAGCUGCGCGGAGUUGGGGAAGCUAACUUGUUUGGGUGUGCUGUGGAAAGAAAGUUGAGCAAAGUAUCAGGUAUCAGUUUAUGUUCUAUGAUCUAUUUUUCGGUAUUUUACAGUCGUUUGGGACCGUUAUAAAGGCUCGCCCUCUCAAUUCAUUUGCGCUUCGCUCACACAUUUAAGUCACUACCUGUAGCGACCUAGGAAAUCAUCCGCUUCGCUUGCAUGUCGCGUGAGUUUGUUCAAAUUGUCCAACUGGCGUGACAGCUAUUUAUUUUAUUUUCGUUAUCAUUAUUAUUUUUUUAAAUCACGCCACACUCCAAGUCUGAAAAGUCGGAAAGAGUGCUCUUAUUCUAUCCUGUGUAGUAAAGAUGGCUGGUAGGAGUCCAAAUUCUCGAAUGGAAAAUAUUUGUAGUUUGCGAAUUGAUGUCUAUUACCUUUAAAGAACUUAAGUUGCAGUCGCUCGUCAACUUAAGAGCAGUUUAUAAAAGAAAAAAAAGUCCCAACAGGUUGUUUUCCUUCAUAGAUGCCGCUGGGCAUUUGCAUUUGAAUAAUUGCCAUUUGGCUAGAGCUUAUGAAAUAGGUCUUACAUAAGUUUGAUGUUCACUUUGUAGCUGCGCGGAGUUGGGGAAGCUAGCCUGUUUGGGUGUGCGGUGGAAAGAAAGUUGAGCAAAGUAUCAGGUAUCAAUUUAUGUUCUUUGAUCUAUUUUUCGGUAUUUUACAGUCGUUUGGGACCGUUAUAAAGGCUCGCCCUCUCAAUUCAUUUGCGCGGCGCUCACACAUUUAAGUCACUACGUGUAGCGACCUAGGAAAACAUACGCUUCGCUUGCAUGUCGCGUGAGUUUGUUCAAAUUGUCCAACUGGCGCGACAGCUAUUUAUUUUCUUUUCGUUAUUAUCAUUAUUAUUAUUAUUAUUAUUAUUAUUAUUAUUAUUUUAAAUCACGCCACACUCCAGGUUUGAAAAACUGGAAAGGGUGCUCUUAUUCUAUCCUGAGUAGGAAAGAUGGCUGGUAGAAGUCUAGAUUCUUGGAUGGAUUGUAUUAUUAUAUAUUAUUAUAAUAUUUGUAGUUUGCGAAGUGAUAUUUAUUUCCUUUGAAGAAGUUAAGUUGUCAGUCGCUGUCAACUUAUUUUUAAAACCUCAGUUUUACAAGAAGAGCAGUUUUAAUAGAAAAAAACCUCUCAACAGAUUAUUUACCUUCAUAGAUGCCGCUGGGCAUUUGAAGCACUCGGUAUCGGAAUGAAAUCUUUCGAAAUCUAAAACUUUAUCCAAACCAGGUUAUUAAAAGAUAACCUUUCGCAAAUAUUUAGCUCGGUAGCUUUAUUCAUCUUGCAAUGCGACCCAUUAUUGAAAUUUUCACGAACUUUAGCUUGGCGUGAUAAUAUCAAAAAAGAUGUGUGCCUCAUUAUUUAUACAUUCUACUCCCUGCAUUCUUUGGCUUUUCACACGUUUUUAAUUUACAUUUGUAUUGGAAAAAAAUAGGUGGGGUUAAAAUUAAUCAAAAAAUGCCUCCAGAAAGAAAUUGGUUGAUGUUUAACCAUAAAUUUGCAUAUUAUGGUAUGCAAACUAUAUGCCACAUUAGGUUGUGAGUUAGUCUAUGUGCACACACAAUUUUAUGAAGAUAAAUUAAAUCGCUGGAGUUUAAUGUGCUUUGCAAUCUUCCACAAAUAUGUGCUCAAAAUGUAGCCAGACUCCCUCCAAGCAUUAACGCCAGGAGCCCCAUUACUAUUAAUUACUAUUAAAUAAUUAAUUCCUGCUUACGCUGAAUAUUUCUUCUCGUCCCUGAUGAUUCCAUUGAUUGGCAAAAGCUUCUUUUUUUAAAAAGAUUUUAUUAUCAAUGUUACAGCUGUUUAAGGCCUUAUUUAAUCUUUCAGUUUAAUUAUCUAAAUUGCCACCGACGAACAACAGUCAACGAACAUCCUUUAAUAUAAGCUUUCGCAAAGACCUCUCCCUUUUUUUAAUGAGAUGGAGGAAUUGUAAACAUGUUAUCUUAUUACUUAUAGGUGAGGAACAAAUAUAAUUUUGUUUGGUUGCAAAUACUGGACCAUGGCUAAUUUCACUUAGAAUAGACUGCUCUAAUUUCAUCUCGAAUAUUACUAUGGAUAUCAAAAUGUUUUAUGUUUAACAUUUUCAAAUGUUUUAUAAUCAAGUUGUUCCUUUGUUACGGUGAUUGGUUCCUUGAAGAUUUUAUGUUCAUGUUUUGAUUCUCUGGUAAGAGAGUCAAAACAUAUUGACAGCGGACUGUUUCUGUGACAAAAUCGUUAAAAAGCAUUCUUUGGUUAAAAAAAAAAAAUCUUCUAAAGUUUUCGGGGCAAAGUUUCCGCACAGCCCCAUACUUCAUUAUGCAUACAGUCCUUUGUUAGAAGAAAACAAUAGUGCAAACAAUAGAUUACCUUUGUGACUAUACGAGGUCGAAAAUGUUUGAAUCGUGAGUAGUGAAAAAUUGGCGGCAUAUUUGAAUCACGAACAAUGAAAAAUUGUCUAAAGCAUGCAUCUUAUUCAGUAAUUCUAUUCAGCGACUCUUUACUUUGAAAGAUAACUUUUUUUAAUUUUACCGUGUAAUUUGCUUGUCUGCAUUAAAGUAUUCUUGAGAAGGACUGUUGUCAACAAGAGUAACUGACGUUUCAACAACCUGACGGAAGUCACUUAUCAGCGGAAGUGACUUUGAUGAAAACUUCGCUUGACUCUGGUGAUGACUUCCGCUCACGUCGUCGAAGCAUCACUUGAGUUCUACCGACAACAGUACUUCUCAGGAUCAUUGUGGGAACUAGGAUUUACGUUUUUAUUUAUUGUCAAGCAACUGCGAAAUGAUUUUAUAUUAUUUUCUUUCAAUUGUACCACAAUUUUGAAGUUUUGUUUCUAUUCAAUGAAAUUCGCGUUUUCGCGUGAGGUUAUGUAUGAGCAGCUGUCACCACCGUAUUUAAAAUACAAAUGGACAAGUCGCCUUUGGUGAAAUGAAAUAUUCAAACAAAAAAUAGUUUAUACAAUUCAGAAGCUGUGUUGCCACCCUUGUUGAACUGAUUCAAUAAAAACAUGAUUGGCUAAGUGUUAACUGAAAUGGUUCAGUGUCGAAAUGACAAACGGUUCAGCUAACUGUACUUUGGUUUAAAUGAUAAACGAUUCAGAGUAGUUUGAAAUGGCUUAAGUUAUCGGCAAAUAGUUAAUCGUAAGCCGCAAUGGUAUACUAUCGCAUCAAUCUACUCACCGUAAAGUGAAAUGGUUAAGCGUGACCACAAAUGGUUUAGUAAAAACCGAAAUAGCUGAGUGUUACAGCAGUUGGUCUACGCUGUAACCGCCAAAAAUACAAAAGUGAAAUGUACAAGUCAAGCUUGAAAUGGAACAAUCUAUGUGGGGUGUUACGUCACAACCCUUACUUCGUUCAGAUCGAAUUUGACGCGAAAUUCGCCAGGACGAUCGCGUUCACGAGGUAUUCGCCACUUCUUCCACUCGACGUUAAACACAGGAAGAAAUUAUUUCUGUAGUCUCGUCUACUAGACUCAGCAAGCCUUAUUCCAGUAAUAAUCAUUAUUUAUCUUUGCCUAUUUUCGCUCGUUAGCGAAUAAAUUUAUACCCUUAUCAUCUUGCCGCAAUUAAGUAAAUGACAUUUCAGAUGAAACCGUUUUUAUCGAGCAGCUGAACGUUCAGUAGCUUAAUAUUCAGUUAGUCAUAAGCUUAUAUUUCACAAUAAUUUAUUUUCCGAUCGUUUCAAACCAUAUAUUUUUUAAUCUCCAAUUUAAAUAGUUUGUUAAAACUAAGUUAAGCCGCAACUAUUAGAAAUUUUAUCUUGAGGUCGUAAAAUUUCUAAUUGUUGUGGCUUAACCAUGUUGGGAGUUCAAAUUGCUAUUAGCCAGUUUCAAAUUGUUCUUUUGUUCUUUUCAGUUUCUUACAGUGAAAACUGCUGCUCUUUAAAUGGAGAAUUCUUACGAUGGUUACGCCUAGCCAUGGUAAGAAUUCUCCAUUUUACUACCUCAAGAUAAAAUAGGAACCCGAAACAGAAGGAUUGACACUUUGAAAAAUGCACGCGAUAGCACACUUACAGUCUAGACAGUCAGAACCAUUGCUUGGAAACGUGAUAAAGCGAUUCAUUGUUCUAAGACGACGAAACUACAACUAAAGGGCGCCUAAAAACUAUAAAAAUUAUAUAGUUAAAAACUAUAUAGUUAUAAAUAGUUUAUAGUGAAAACUGCUGUACUUUAAAUGGAGAAUUCUUACCAUGGUCACGCGUGACCAUGGUAAGAAUUCCUCAUUUUACUACCUCAAGAUAAAAUAAGAACCUGAAACAAAAGGAAUGACAAAAAUACUGAUAAAAUGCAUCAUUUUAUGCGAUAGCACACUUAUGGUCUAGACAGUCAGAACCAUUGCUAGGAAACGUGAUAAAGCGAUUCAUUGUUUUAAGACGACGAAACUACAACUAAAGGGCAUCUAAAAACUAUAAAAACUAUAGGGUUGUGGCCCCACAUAGACUGUUCCAUUUCCAGCUUGAAUUGUCCAUUUCACUUUUGUAUUUUUGGCGGUUACGGCGUAAACCAACUGCUGUAGCACUAAACCAUUUCGGUUUUUUACUAAACCAUUUGUCGUCACGCUUAACCAUUUCACUUUACGGUGAGUAGACUGAUGUGAUGAUACAUAUUGAUGUGAUACAUAUUGAUGUGAUACAUAUUGAUGUGAUACAUAUUGAUGUGAUACAUAUUGAUGUGAUACAUAUUGGCAGCGGACUGUUUUUGUGUAAAACAUUUCGUUAAAAAGCAUUCUUUGGUUUUAAAAAAAUCUUUUAAAAAAGUUUUCGGCCUCCCUUCUCAAUCCAUAUCGAUUGAACUAUGACUAUACGAGGUCGAAACGGUUUGAAUCAUGAAGUUGUAAAAAACUAGCGGCAGAUUUGAAUCACGAACGGUGAAAAAUUGUCUAAAGCAUGCAUUUUAUCCAACAAUUCUAUUCAGCAACGCUUUACUUUGAAAAAUAACUUUUUGUAUUUUACAAUGCAAUGUGCUUGUCCGCAUUAAGUGCUCUUGAGAAGCACUGUUAUCAAUUAUAGUGACUGACGUUUCGUCAGCCUAACGGAAGUCACUUAUCAGCGGAAGUGACUUUGAUGAAACUGACUCCGUUUGACUCUGAUGAUGACUUCCGCUCACGUUGUCGAAGCAUCACUUGAGUCACUUAUACCGACAACAAUACUUCUCAGGAUCACUGUAGCAACUAGGAUUUACAUUUCUAUUUACUGUCAAGCAACUGCGAAAUGAUUUUAUAUUAUUUUCUUUCAAUUGUACCACUAUUGUGUAGUUUUGUUUCUAUAAGUUCGCGUGUUCGCGUGAAGUUAUGUAGAUAAUAGAUAACGGUAAGUAUUAUGCAACGGUUAUGUAACGUAACGCCUGUGAUGAUUUAUUAAUUUCUCGCCAGUAGAGGCGUUGUCUGAUUUCAAUGAAGUCAGCCGCUCGUGAGCUUUUGUUAGCGCCGUUUAGCUUUUGUUUAAGAAUCAACUGCCAGACCUGGUUACGCCACAAAUUGUAAGUUCGUUUCUAUUUCGUGUAGCUUACCUUUGUACUUAGAUAUUUGUAUUUAUUUUCAGUCGAAUCUCAUCUACACAUCUUUACAUUUAAAUAAACGUCUAUCUAGCAAAUAAUUUUAACCGUGUAUUCAUUUUGUGGCGUUAAACGGGUAGUAUUUAUCUAAAACCACUCUAGCCCGGAUGACCAGACUACAAGAUUAAACUAAUUACGAUGUGAAUUUUUGUUCUUAUGAAUUCGUUUUUGCGGUUACUCGCUUCUUUGAAAAUAUUUGUGUAAUCAAAGCUCUUUCACUGAAUUUCAGACGCGGAAUCAAUCAGCCAUGUCUGGAGAAAGACCAUCGAUUUCAAAUUUUGACGACGUCCUGACAAGUGUGAGUUCCUUUGGAUACUGGCAGAAAAUAAUUUACGUGGCGACUUGUUGUCUUGUGAUUAUUCCUUCCACGUUACAAGUGAUAGGACUUGUGUUCUUUGCUGGUACACCGAGGUUCCAUUGUGUAACUCCCAACGUGACAUGCGCAGACAGCAAAUGUUGCACGAACUGUACUGAUUAUGUGUUUGAUGGUCCUUUCACAAGUAGCGUCAGUGAGGUGAGCUUGGAAUGAUGUAUGUCUUCUGUGAUAUGGUUAAGUCACAUUUUCCUUGGUCAUAUACCUGAAUUUUUUUUAUCCUUGAUAAAAUAUAUUUUUUUGUCAAUUAAUGAUAAUUUCUAUUUAUUGUCAUGUAUUUAAAACAAGAGCCUCUGGCUCGGAUAUAGAUGAUGACCUCGUAAGCAUUUUAGUACAAUUAGAUUUAUUGCUUCAGUGUGGACCUCGAUCACUGUUAGAAAGGGGCAUCUAUUCCGUAAAGCGGUGAUUGAUUGCGAAAAUAACCAGUUCGUUACCAACCAAUAAAAGCUGAAGAUUGCAAACAAUUUAAAAUUACAUCCAUUUUGAAAUCGCCCAAAUACAGGACUUGGUCAGUUCAAAUAUUUUAUUGAUGCAGUACGUAGCCGGUUUGAAAUUAAAUUAAUCCAUGUUACUUUAAAAAAGCCUUGAAAUCUGAUUGGUUGUUUUGUUUUUAGUGUAGCCUCCUCAUUGGCUGGGAAAAAAAUGCGAUUUAAAGCAAAAAAUGGUGCGAUUCGUGAAUAAAUCGCACCAAUUAGAGCCAAUCAGAUUAUAGGGACCACCAGUGAUUUCAAAAUGGAUGUGAUAAAUAUAUUUAUUUACCUACGUAGAAUCGCAUGAUCGCAUUUGAAACCAUUUUUCUUCUUAAAGCUUGUGUUCUAUACCGAACGAAAGAAAAUUGUCUGUCUAUCGAAUUUAUCUAUCUUCAAAAUGUUUCUUUUUCCAGUGGAACCUGAUUUGUGACAAGGCUUAUGUUGGCGCCAAUGUCCAGGCGGUCUUCUCAGCUGGAAUGCUCGUCGGCUCUCUCGUGUUCGGAGUAACUUCGGAUUUCUUUGGGCGUCGGUUCUGUAUAUAUAUAUGUGCUGCAUUAUUGGUAUGAUUCCCUUCUUUUAUCAAUUGCCUCAUCCAUAAUGGUCCUGCGCUCAUUUGGUAAACUUAAUAUUUAUUUCGCAGGCGGAUAAGUUGUGGCCUUACGCGUGAAAAGGUUUGGGUUCCAGGUUCUUAGUUGAGCUUACCGACACGGCAAUUUGGUCUCACCAGGCCUCUCUCCCCACGGAAGUCUACUAUUUAUGACCAAACUGUUAGGGAAACUAUACUUUUGGUAACCCAGUCCUGGGUUGCAUCCAGUCAAGGGGAGUUAGAAAUUCAAGGAAUUACUUCAUGUAGCGAAAACCUGGAUCAUAGUUCUGGCAAGGUGUGCCAUUUGAUUUCUGCUCAGAUAUAACUCAUCUGCCUUACUCUCCCUCCACAGGCCAUUUCCAGCCUUGGGUCAGGAGUCGUCGACUGUCUAUCAUUCUUUGCCUUUCUCCGUUUCUUCGCUGCAGCUUUUGCCGUUGGCUUCUUCGUCGCCCACUACAUCUAUGUUCUUGAACUGGUUGGCCCUCGUCACCGGACUCUUUCUGACAAAGUCCAGAGUUUGUUUUGGUGUAUAGGGGCGGGGUUGAUCGCAUUACUUGGUUACCUUAUACCGCACUGGAGAACCCUGCUGAUUAUCUGCAGUUUCCCGCCACUUCUGAUCUUUUCGAUUUGCACGUGAGUUACACGUAUAAACUACGGUAUCAUUGUUUUCCGGUUAUCAACCUACUCGUGAAAAAAUGAUCAGAUUGUCAGAUAGAUUCUAGUAGGCAAUUUAAAUCAUUUGCUUUUUAACUGCAACAACUUUUAACUCUAACUGAGCAGUUAUUUUCAUUGCAUAGAAUUGCUCACAGAGAUAUUUUGCCUGUCACACAAACUUCGUACUCUUCUCUGGAAUAAUGAUGACAAUGAUAACGAUGACAAAAAGCUUUUGUUUUCAAAGAAACAAAAGUAGGACAAGUUAAUGAGCCCUAUCGAAUAACUUGGCUGAUGAGAAUUGAAGCAAACUCCAGUCCUGUGUUCAAAAGAGACCAACUUUUAUUCCGAACUUCAAAACACGUGUAGUUCCCCCGAGCAGGACACGUGAAUCCCCUUACAAAUAGUAUCACCCUGACACGUAGCUUAUGUAAACAAUACAACUGCAAAAUAACACAACAACCACACAGCUACCCAGAGACUUAGUUUUAACUAAGGAAAGCCUUGACAUAAAAACAGUGCUACGAAUUCCCACCUUGACUUGGUGCUGUUAUUUUCAGAAUGAACCGCUGACCGAUUAGCCAUUUGGUAAAAAACAUACAAAUACAAACAUUUCUUUAAAUACAGACCUGAGAACAUCAUAAUUUGCUUGACUCCACAGUAUCCUCCCAGAAUCUGCGCGAUGGUUGGCGGCAAAAGGUCAUCUGACUCAAGCGCAUGAUGUUUUGAUGAAGUUCGCUAGCAAAAAGUCCUCACCAGUAGACUCAGAUGCCUUGAAACACAAGCUGAAUGAGUAUCACCAGGGUGAGGUGGAGUCAAAAACGAUUGCUUACUUGACUAAGAAUCAGUCCUAUCUGGAGCUGAUUCGUUCCCCCCGGUUGAGGAAGAGGACCAUCAUCCUUAGCUUCAACUGGUAAGUUGCAGAAACAUAUUUAAUUGGAAGUAGUAGAAGUUGAAGGCAUCUCACCAGAUCAUUAUACGAGAAGACACUGGUAAUCGUACCAGUGUAUAUUCGUUGUAAGCAAUUGCGGAAUUAUGUGCAGCAACGCAAAAAUUGGGCAUCGCGAAGUAUUUUACCUGACGCAAAUUCGACAUUGAGAGAAAAUUUCAACUAACUACGAGCAGAUUCAAUUGUAAGCAGUAGACUGCAUUUCUUAUCGGUUCACCGGCCUAAUAACCCCCUUAUGUUGUUGGGAGGAUAAUAGAUAAGUUUGUUGCUCUCGCACGGAGCGACUUUCAUUUUUCUGCUAGCGCGAAAAAAAAAGUCUGAACAGUGGUCCGUAUCGUGAUUGAUAAGCUAAUCCUAUUCGAGGACUUAAGAUUUCGAUCCGUGGAGAUGCUUUCGAAAAAAAAAAAUUAAACCUUUUGGUGCUUUUUUAUCCAGGAUGGUUAUAAGCAUGGUGUACUAUGGAUUCUUGCUGUACGUCACUCGUUUGGCCGGUAGUCCAUAUCUGAACUUGUUCCUUAUGUACCUCUCAGACGUGCCAACACACCUUAUCAACUGGGUGAUCGUGCAGAAGUAAGCCUCUAAUACUUUGACCCGAACUCUGUGUUAAUGAAUUUUUGUUAUUGUUACCGACAAGUGUAGCAAGGUUUUUCAAGAAAUUGAAACUAAUUGGUCAAUUGUAAUCGCGAUGUUUAAGUUGGCUGUGCGAAUCAACUGCAUUCUGUCCGAAGUGAUCGUGUUAUCAGAUCUGAUGAUAAAGUUAACCAUAUCGUUUUGUUCUCUAAGUCAAUUUAGAUUGUUUUAAGUUGAUCAAUUCGUCGAAUUGUUCUCUAAGGUGCCUUCGCCGCUUAGUACAUAUCUUGAGUGAUCUCUUGUCAACUUUCACUUGGUAUGGGUAGAGCACUUGAACUAACAACUCGGAAAACAGGGACAGACUUCUUCAUAAAGAAUCUUCUUGGAAUAAACCUAAAAAAACAGAUUGAAAUAUAUAUCAGGCCACUUUGAAUUGAUCGUCUUAUUUUGUUUCCUUGCCAUUAAUAGAUUUGGACGCCGCGUUCCUCAUUCGGUGAUAAUGGUGACUGGAGGUUUAUUCUGCCUUUUUGUCCUGGCUGUUCCUGAAGGUAACUAAAUACACUUUAAACCUCGCUACUUAAGACUUAAAGGCCGAUUUAUGCGUCGAUCAAUUCGAAGCUUCAACAUCUCCCCUCGGGCAACCCCCCGGCAUUUGAACUUUUGAAAAUUGAGUCGUUCAAAUUCAUACUACGCACCCCCCCCCCGGGCGAAAAUUGCGUUCGAAUGUUCCAUCCAAGCACAAUUUUUCACUGAACGAUUCUUUGUCAUUUUAGCCACUUCACAGACCUUCAUAACAAGUGUAAUAUUUUGGUACUCCCGACAAUUAUUAACCUUUUUUAAAGGAAAAGCGUUCAAUAUUUUUUUAGAACAGAAAGGUGCUGUAACAGCUUUGGCGUUCAUCGGUCGUUUCAUGGCAAGUGGAUCAUUCUCCAACAUUUACCUGUUUUCGACUGAACUCUAUCCCACCAUACUGAGGUAAGAGCCAUGAGAACAGUUUUAGCUGGGAAGUAAAGUAUUCUUUUAGUCUUGUCAAUUAUGUUACACUUUCCUUCCAAGAUCUGUAUUUCAAUUUCCCUCAAUGUGUGCCAUACAUUUCUUCACUCGGAGAAACUAACGUUCUCUUACUGAUAAGCUAACUGAUUGCAUCGAGUUUGGAACAGAAAAAUUUUUAUCUUAAGCCAAAUUUAUAAAAAUUUACAGAACAGUCAGAAACAAUACAAUGCACUCAAGGACUACUAAUUUCAUUUAUCGUGACGCAACCAACAUCCCCCUGCCCCUCUUUGCCCACCCCAUCCCCCCUCUCCUUGCCCACCCCAUCCCCCCCUUGCCCACCCCAUCCCCCCUUUUACCGGUCCCUUACCGCUGAGAGUUGCGGGUUAGCCUGCUUCUAAUUCGAAGUGUGUCCUGAUUAUGAGCCAUUUUUGUGUCCCAUCAACAGGAACCAAGGAAUUGGUGUAUGUUCCACUAGUGCUCGUGUGGGAUCCAUUAUCGCACCUUACAUUGUAAUGCUGGUAGGUUUCCAUGACUCAAUUCCAAUCUUAUACAGAAUUCUUAAUUAAAGGUUAGCUUCAUUUACAUGAUAGGUAGUAAAGUUGGGUAAUUCUUUCCAAGUACGACAGUUUCUUUGGAAACUAAUCUUUUCAUUCCUUCUCAGGAUUUUGGAUAACUUUCAGUAGAAUGGUAUUAAAUGGUUGAAAAAGGAUAUCUUUACUCUCUAGCGAUAUUUCAUAGCACAUUUACUAAAAUAAUAACGAACAAAUUCAUCUUUAAAAUCCCAGGCACAGUUGCCAGGAUUGAGCGCUACCCUUCCCAUGGUCAUUUUUGGCUCGCUGACUGUAGCCGCCGGCCUCCUGUCACUGCUUCUUCCCGAGACUUUGAUGUGCAACAUGGCUCAAACCGUGGAAGAGAUCGAAAAAGAUAAAGAGUUCUACGGUAUGGUGUGCAUGGGGAAACCUCGUCCAUGUCCUCUUCCUUGUCCUUGCUGCAGGUAUUUAUCCAUCUCCUUUACAGUUCUUAAAAAUUGUCAGAUUCAAAGUGAGGUGUGGUUAAGGUUUCUUAGAAGUAUGAAGUUUUUCAGUUCUCAAGAGUAUCUCCAGAGAGAGCCUGUUCAAUAUUCUCCCAUACGCACCUCGUGGUCAGCAGAUGAAUGAAGGAACGAGUUGCCUUAUGCGGUUUGUGGAAAAGGAAAAUCGUCGAGGUUUGCAUUCCCAUCCCCCUCCCCUCUCCCCAAAAAAAUUUCGAUGCAAGAGAGCAACACAUCGUAAUCAAGCUUUAAAUGUCAAUUUUUUAAGGGAAUUUAAACAAAGCCUGCGAUGGUCGUUAAAAACAGAAAUUCAAAUUUCGGGAUGACAAUUUACGUUCAUCAUGCAGACUAUUUAACAUUUUACAAGCAAACCUUUUUCUUAUCUUUCAGCUCUGAAGGGCCUGAUAACGAGGCUAGCUCAGCACCCUUGAAGGUUCCAAUGGACAACGAAGAUGACCAGGAAAACAUCUAAAGCGUAAAAUGGAGGUGUUGUUGGAAUGAAGUCUUCAACGGUUGUCGUUAAUACCAAAACAAUUGCCAUGAAGCAUCACGAAUGGUGCCGUAAAUUAGAAGUAAAAGCAAGUAGUUAGCAAUUUCAAUACAGUUAUAACCACAUAUCAGAAUUUUCUUAGUCCUUUGAAAUUUAAUCGCAUAUAUCCCAACAAUAUUUUUAGCAAGGAGAAAAGAUAUCCCCUCUAAGAAAUAUAUCCCUAUAUUUUGGAAUAAGGCCUAACAUAGCCCAUUACAAUACACCAAUGGGCUCCUAGGCCUAACUGCAUUUAUUGCACCACGUUUCUUUUGAAUCUGUAAUAGUUAGCUAGAAAUAUGCACUUGUAACGGUUAAUGAAAGGAAAUUGAAAUAUGCUGAAGUAAG